CGGGGCCCGGGAUCAAGACCAAUGGAGAUCAACAGAGUUGGAUGUACAGAGUACCUCCCUCAUCAAGACUCUGACUGCGCCUCCUGUGGAUACGUACUUGCGAAUGUUGGUUCGACAUCAUUUGCUCAAGCCCGAACCCCAAGUUCAAAUGGGAACAAAGGAUACAAAAAUUCAGGCUCAACCGAGAACCCAACUUGGCAGCUCGUUCUUGGCUGUGAGGAGAUACGACGGGUAUUCCAGAGGACCCUCUACUUUCCCUCGGCCAUCCUUAUCUCGUGAUAGCAGUUUGACUCGCGGGGAGGGCCAGCACGUUCUUCCGUCUAUGGCGCCACCAUCCACUGCGGUUGGCUCGGCUGAAGAUUUUUAUUUUUUUUAUUUUCAUGUUAUUUUUUUUUUUCUAUUCCCCCCCAAUUCUGGCCAUUCAGAGCUAGGGAUUUCCUCCAGUGGUAAUAUUGACGCGCCCAACCAACGGCUGACAGUCCACAACGGGCUUCGUCGCUCAAUAUUGUCUGUCGUUUACUAAUGACUACGCUGGUCACUCUCGCAGGAAAGCCAAGCACUAACUGACUGGUAGUGCUUGUGCUAGGCGAUGAUGGUCUACUAUAGUAGCUCGGGAGUGCGUGUAGCUUGAUGAAUUCGCCCGCGGUGAUCACAAGCGGUCUACGCAAAACUCCCUUCGGCUUAGAGUCGCCCGUCGAUAUCAAGCCAAUCCGGCCAAGAUAGUCUUGACUCGCUGGCUAGCAAUUGGUGGGCUAGUCUUGUUCCUUGGCGC